UUGGAUCUCUACCAGAUCACUCUCCUCUAAAAAAAUACUAGUAUUACUACUAGUAGUUAGAUUAAAGUGAAAGAAAAUCAUUAGCACACCAAUAAAAGAACAAAAUUAGUGGGCAUGCAAUAAUUUGUUCACUACAAUACUAAGCACUGGGAAUGGAUGAGACAAGAAAAAGACACAAAUUCAUAUGACUCUUCAUGAUUUGAUUCAUCAAUUAAAAGGCAAUCAAGCAAGCAAAGUACCUUUCUGUGAUAUUUCUCGAUUUGAUAACUUAUGGCUUCCACAAACCUUAAACAACGCCCACAUAAAUCCAAACACUAAAACCCAACCCUUUUUUCACGAUUGAAAUUAAUCUUCCCUCUCUAUGAGAUGCAAUUGGUAGUUCAACUGAUCACGAAGCUGCCAUUUUCUCAAAAUGGCCUUUUAGGAUAAAUCCGCAACCACAAUUGUGGAGUGCCCAUUUCUUACUUUUUUGUUUUUUUGAGGCGGGGUUUCAAUUCAGGGACAAAAUGCAAUCAGGGAGUUCAGGUGAAGUGCGAUCGGGUGUUGGAGCAGCAGAUACUCGAGGGAAACACAGGAUAUCUGCGGAAUUGAAGAGACUAGAACAAGAAAUUCGUUUCUUGGAGGAAGAAUUGGAACAACUUGAGAAAACGGAGAACGCCUCGGCAGCUUGCAAAGAGAUGCUUAUCAAUAUCGAAACAAGACCAGAUCCUUUGCUCCCAGAGACCACGGGCCCAGUAAAUCCGAUCUGGGACAGAUGGUUUGAAGGCCCCCCGGAGUCUUCAGGCUGCAGGUGCUGGAUACUAUGAUAUACAUAGCCACGAAAUCGAGUUCCAAGCAUCAGCUUCGUCUUAUAACCAGCACGUUAACAACAUCAGACCGUUUGUUCGAUGCAGAGCAAUAUAGUGCCCAGAAAAUAGCCAUGCCUUCCAAGUUCCAACUGUGUAUUAAACAGACAAAGAUGCAAGUUUUCUACUCCAAUUCAUUUGCCAAAGUUUUAUUUAA